AUGCAGCGCCCUAAGGGACGGCGCCGCGGUUCCUCAGGAAAUGAUUUAACACCAACUUCAACAUCAGAAGUAACGAGCCUCCGAUAUUCCCAAACUGCCGUUGACCGUAGAGCUCAAACUGCCGGCGGUCUUGGCGUCCAAACUGCCAUUUGUCUUGGCGCCCAAACUCCUGCCAGCUAUGGCGCCCAAGCUCGUGCCGCCAUCGGCAACCAGGCUGCUGCCAGAACCCCUCUGGAAAACUUACGAGAAGGGGAAGAGAUGAGUAGAAGCCAGGAUGAACCUCCUUGCGAACUUGAGGACCAGUUUAUAUUGCGUCUGCCUCUGGAACAUGUUUCUACUGUCAGGAAGAUAGUACGUUCUGGAAGUGCUGCCAUGAAGGAUAAACUGAAAAUUGACUUACUUUCUGGUGGACGUCAUGCAGUUGUUGGGGUUGAAGGUGUCUCACUACCUGCUAAGCUGGUUGAUUUCCCUUGUGUUAUUGAAAGCCUGAAAACUCUGGAUAAAAAAACCUUUUAUAAAACGGCAGAUAUUUCCCAGAUGCUUGUGUGCACUGCUGAUGGUGGUGUCCACUCUCAUCCUGAAGAACUGGUUACCUCUACUGAUCAUAAAGCAAUCAGGAAAAGUGAAAAGGAGAGACAGAAAAAAUAUGUCUGGAAGCAUGGCAUUACUCCACCACUUAGGAAUGUCAGGAAGAGAAGGUUCUGCAAAGCAACAAAAAAGGUCCCUGAUUUCAAACAAAUUGAAAAAGUCAGCUCUCCUGAGCACGUUGACUCUCCUGAUGUGGAGAGGCAAGUGAAAAGACUGCUGUGCUCAGAUACUGAAGCUGUCAGUGUCCGAUGGGAGGUCGUUGCUGAAGGUGAAACCGAGGAAAUAGAAAGUCAAGGCUUCAUUCCAGGCUUUGAGAUAGCCUCAGAAAUGAGUGGCUAUAAGCAGCGUCAUACCUCACCAGAAUAUGGUGCAUUUCGGGAGAUGGUCAAUGACUCUGGCAGUAACAGUGAUGAAGUUGAGGAUGAUAAGGAGGAAGAUGAAGAGGGAGAGGAUGACUAUGAUGAUGAGGAUGAAGACAAGAAAGAGGAGGAAGAUCGUUAUGAAGUGUAUAUGGAAAGUGAGCCACAGGCCAAGUUCAUUGAAUCUGGCCAGUAUGAGGCAAAGGAGGAAACCAUCCCAAUGGUCAUGGACAUUCAGAAGCAGACUCAUUACAUGGAGAAAAAGCUCCAAGAGAUUCAGCACAAAGCACAAAGACAGAAGGAGCUCAUUAUGAAAGUGGAAAACCUAACGCUCAAGAGUCAUUUACAGUCUGUGCUGGAGCAGCUUAAGCUACAGGAAAAACAAAAAAAUGAGCAGCUCAUUUCUCUACGGGGAAAACUGAACUAUUUUCUGAAGGAUUGAGGAGAGCCUUCAGCCUGGCAUACAAACCUUGGCUUCACCAUCCAUAUUGAAGACUAGAUAAAAUUGUGCCUGUUUCUUCUCCUUUCAUUGCCUUAUGUUGCAUCAUUUGUAUUUGUUUCUCUGAAGGAUUUUUUUUGUUUGCUAGUUAUAUUCAAAGUUUGUAGCCAUGUAGAAAGGGACAAAGUAUAAAAAAGUAGUAGACCUGAAGACCCAACUCAACUAUGGGACUUUGCUUCUCUUUAUCAGUUUGAGAAUUAAGUUGUUUCUUUUAUGGUGUCUCAGAUGAUUCAGCCAUGCUUGCCAAAGGCAGACAGUCUAACCUGAAGGCUAUACAGCUGGUUUGCAUAGAUUUUUAGCUUUUUCUUCUUCUGUUUGUUUCAAAUAUUUCCUAAAACAUAGAGUCAAACCAUUUCUACCAAGGGCUAGGACCUGCCACAGUGAUUAAGUGCCUAUCUGGCAGCAGUUGAUACUAGGUUGUAUCCUGUCUCUGUUCAGGCAUUAAAGGCUGCUUUCCGGCUCAGGGAUGAUUUCUUGCUGCUGCUAUCUUUGUUCUGUUCUUAAUGGUUUUAGGAUUGUGUCUGGUUGUUAUUUGGCAGCUAUGGGACUAGUUAGAGCAGAGAUGAAAUUCUGAGUUGUUAUCCUUAUUCUGAGCCUCUUCUUCCUAACCCCCAUCGGAAAAGGUUAGGAAAAAAACAGAUACCUGUGGGAGCUCCCUGGUUGCCUAGUGGUUAGG